AUGGAUAAAAUCAUCUGUUCCAUCUGCUUGGAGGAAAUUUCCAAAGAAACCAGUGCGUUUCUCGACGGCUGCGUCGAACACUUAUUCUGCUAUCCUUGCAUCAAACGGUGGACGAAAACGUCGAGGAGUCGAAGGAGUCGAAACGGGAGUGGUGAAAGUGGUGUUCUGACUCUCAGUUGUCCGACGUGCAGGAAAGAGUUUACGAGAAUUCGAAUGAAAGAAACGAGCGAGUUGAAGUUCUUGAGGAAAAAAUCUUUCACGCGAGAAGGACGACAACCUAAAGAGACGAAAGAGGCGAGGGAGAAGAGGCGCGAAAAGGAAAGAAAAGACGGCGAGAGGAAGGACUUUUCGGACGACGAGGAGGAGGAUUUGAGUUGCACGGAGAACGACGACGAUGUUGAUAAUGGUAACGAAGAAGAAGAAGAGUAUUACGAAAACGACGUGCUCGAUUUAAUAGCGUCGGGCGAGGCGUGUCACAUCUGCCGCGAGUACGACGUGGAUGAAGACGGAAUACUGUUGUUGUGCGACGGUUGCGAACGGGCGAUGCAUCCACAUUGCUGUGGUUUUGGGGAGAGGACCGUGCCAGAUGGAGAUUUUUUGUGUCCCGAGUGUCAUCGCGUGGCGAUGAGACACGCGAACGUGAGAGUGCGAGGCAACGACUUUCAGAGGAAAUACGUCGAUUUUUAUAUGAACAGAAGGACGAUUCACGCGAAUAACAACAACAGUCGAAACAAUAAUAGAAAUAACAAUAGAGGCAACAGUGCCGCGCGCGCGAUAGAUUUACCCUCGUCUUCAGAAGACGACGAGUAUAGAAUACUUUAG